UUCAUGAACAGAUUGGAACAGUUUUUGUGUCAAAGUUCCACAUUAUUGUCAGGAGAAUUUCUUUGUCAACACCUUGUAAAAAAUGCGGCUUAUCCUUAUAUAUAUCGGUGAAUGAAUGUGGUAGGCUGCUAUAACAAUCAAUACAGGUAGAAAAGCAUCAGCUACACUACUUAUUAACUAAACUGUAACAUACUAGCUACACUGAGACACUAGAGAAAAAAGUGCUGCUUUGGAGUAUUAACUUGUACGAAAGGAAUAUAACUAGAUAACCAACCUUUUGGGAAUAGACAACAGACAUCAUAUUAAAACAUCAAUGGAUUAUGCCAAUCUAACUGAACGAUGACAAAUUACAACAAUUACCAAAAACAAAAUGGAAUGAUGAAAUUGCAAUAAAUCUGCUUAAAUUUUCCAAGCGAUGAACCAGAUUUUCCACCAUACUGGUUUCUUCCUUAUUUAGGCAAAUGAGAAAAGACACACUUGAUCUCUUUUGUAAAACAAACUAUGCAAAUCUUACCCAAUAUGCAAAUUUUAAAUUUUUAAGUUAAUUCAUCAGCUAAAUGUGUGAAAUUCAUCAUGGAAUACAUAAAAGAUGAUUUCAACAAAGGCAAUUUAGCAUGCAAGGAGCCCAAUAUGGCACAUCAAUGGAAUUCAUACAAAUGUGGAAACCAUUAUAAGUUCAUACACAUUGUAAAUAGAACUAUAUAUAGAGUUAUAGAGAAGGCGAGCCUGGAUCAAUUUGCUUCCAUUCUUGUAAAUCAAUGAUUUGAGUAUUAAAUGAAGUGCCAUUGAGGCAAUAUAUAUGAAUAACUGUUUGUUCCGAGAGUUAUAUUUAAUGAGAAACUUUAAUGCCAUUACUGGAAUAGGUCUAAAAUCAAUAACAUGAGAAUGAAAACAGUGCACUGAUAGAAAACAGGAUCAGUUGAAAUGUCUACACGUUUCUGGUACAGUUAUUUUCUUGUCACCCUAAUUAUGUCUCUAAUUUUCCCAGAAAUCAAUUGCUCCGCCGUGCCUAUCAGUGUCAACAUGUCGUCUGCUACAACUCCAACUCCCCUCCCAUUUAAUGGAACAGUCCAACUGAACUUCUAUCCAGAAUCAAUCAAUGAGCUGAUACGAGACUGCAACACUACGGUUUAUUUUAAUGGUACAUUCGAAGAAGUUGGUGACAAAAAUGUGGGAGAGAUUAAAAAUGGUAGCACUAAAGCUAUUGAACUCUAUGCGCAUGUGGUCUCAGGGAAUCCUGCAAUUGUGCAGUUUGUGAAACCGGCUGAUAUGGUCGUGAAAACACCGAGUAGACAGGAAAUUUCUAAUCUACAAUUCAGCAGUGAACUUAAGAUCCCUAUUCAAAUAAAUGGUGUUAAUAAUUUCACCAUUCAAGCCAUGCACAUUGGAUAUGUGACUGUGUUUGUUACUAUUUUUGGAACAGGUUCAUUAGUCAUGGCUCGAUCUUCACAAAUGAACCAACCAUUGGGGCAGGGAGAAUUAAAAGUGGCCGUUGUGUCACGGCAAAAACCAGCGGAUUUUGUAUUCGACUGUUCAGCAGCAGCUGUCGCGAUUCUUAUAAGUUUUGGAAUAGGAUGUGUUACCGACACCGAAAAUUUAAAACGUCAGCUGAAAUACCCUGUCUCUCUAGUUCUCGGAUUUUGCUGUCAAUUUCUUCUUAUGCCUGUACUUGCCUUCGGUCUAGCAAUGAUACUUCCACUCCAGAAAAAUGUGCAGUUUGGUCUUUUAUGUGUGGCAUGUGUACCUGGGGGUGGUCUAGGUCAUGUAGCAGUCAUCAUCAGUAAAGCUGAUCUACCUCUCAGUUUAACCAUGAACCUCAUCAGUACAGUUACUAUGCUAGGAACGGCGCCACUGUGGAUAUUUGUUCUUGGGCAGUACUUUCAGCAAACUGAGGGCUCCAAAAUCAUUCCGAUAUACAAUUUCGAGAUAUGGCUUGCAUCAACUUUCUUUUCCUACACUGCUGGACUCGUUAUAAACCGAUUCAAACCAAACAUAGCCGAGGGUCUGCUCACCUGGUUUAUAAAACCAUUUUUGCUACUAGCGACAAUUUUAUACAUUACCGUGGGUGUCUAUAUAAAUAUGUACGUUUUUGAAAAAGUUGACAAAAUGACUGUUUUGGCGGCAUUACUGUUGCCGCUGUGUGGAGUUUUAGUAGGUACCGUUCUUUCCAUUAUAUUUAGACAAAAAUCAAACUUCUGCAAGACCAUUGCAUUAGAAACAUCUAGUCUGAACUGUUUAAUAGUUCUGGCUGCGUUACGGUUUUCGCUCAAUCAACCCGAUGCAGAUUUAGCAUCAGUCAUUCCGAUUUGGGUGAUGUUUACAAUUCCAGCGUUAUAUGUGAUUUUAGCAAUACUUGCGAAAUUUAAAGGAAAAAUGGACACAUACUUAGAAAGUAGGAAAAAGAAUCAAACCCGACAUUACAGCAUCGCUUCUGGUAUUGUUAAUCAAGCCAAUAUGGCAGCACUGUCGGCGCCACUUUUUGUGACUGAAACAAUUACAGAUGACGAUCAACAGUCGGGCAUAAGUGAAAAAGUAACAGUGUUGUAGCACAGACUGUAGACAUCAGGAUAUUUAUAUAGAAUUGGAACGAAUGCAAUUUUGUAACUGAAUAAGAGAUUGAGAAUGUUUAAAGACGGGCCGAACCGAACGAAUAAAAAACCAACACCGAAACACGAGCAGCUAUCAACUUUUUUUACAAACUAAACUGCUGACACAUGUAUUACAGAACAAAUGAAUACAUUAGAAGCUAACUGACCAGUCAGGGUUAAAUGUCACAUUACCUUAUCAAGAGUAUUAUACAACCUCUCUGAAAAAAAAAAAGUCUGAAUAUCUUGAAAUUCAUUUGAUCUAUUUUUGAAGUAAGAUGCCUUCUUGCACUAAUUAAGGCUCUUUAUUAUAAUUAAUUAUAUUUAUUAUUAUGCAAAUAUAUGGCAUCUUUUUGAA